AUGGAAACGCAUCCCAUCACACGGCCAAUAUGUGCCGCAAAGGAUGAGGCCGGUAAUCCAUGCAGCGCUACACCUGUUAUGCCUUGCCUAGACUGCCAACUGGUCGCUUAUUGUGGCAAUGCCUGCCGCGCUCGACAUUGGCCCAAGCACAAAUUCGCCUGCGAGACGACGCAUGACCACGCAGCCAAAGGAAAAGGAAAUGAUGUGGAUAGCUAUUUUACUUUUUGGUCAAACUACGCCGCAACAGACUUACUGAACCUUGAGAAAAAUGAAGGGCGGUUUUUCGAUGGAAAUUUGUCCAUGUUUAUACAAGGACAGUCUACGUUUCGACACUUCAUAUACACGCUUCUCAACAUACCAAAGACAGCCAAACCGGUCCUUCGACUAGCGCUGAACCCUACCACUCCGGCACAUGUUUGUCGGGACUUCUUCGCUAUUCAUUUGCUUUUUGAUCGGCAGCACGAUCCUUAUUUGAAUGCCGAAGCCUUGAUUCACCUCUGGUAUUCAGCGAAGCUGCCACUUGCUCUCUGGCGCCAUAUAGAGGUUGUUAUGAAGAGGUAUUACUAUGAUUUUGACGAGUGCUUUGAAAAUGCCAAAAGAGACCAGCAGAGUGUAUGCGAUGAUGGCGUUGGAUAUGACGUAACAUAUCAAAUGUCAUGGGGCGGCGGUCAGGUCAAGUAUGUUGGAAACUUGUUUGAGCACCAAUGGCGCCUGAUAAGCAAAGUUCUAAAACCAACCGAACAAAUGUCUACUGACCAGGCAGCCAUCGUUCGAGUUCUGGAUGCUGAAAAGAGUUGUGAGCCUCUCAAAGUAGCGGCUUCCCGAAUGACGCCUUCCAGGACUGCCGGCUUGAUGAAAUGGAGGACAGAUGGCUUGUUGCUGCCAUUUGGACACCCGACAGAUGGAUUCGACAUGCCGAACCCGCAAGUUCCUCUCCUGGUGCUGCGCUUCACCUGGCUUGGCGACGGUUGCUACCCACACGGAGCAACCGCAGAGCCCAUCGCAGAGUGGCCUAUGGAGUUUCUCGACUUCCAAGCCGGCCCACUUCAAAAUGAUGUAUACGGCAAAUUGUUUUACUACUUGCGCGACACACUGGUCCGAUUUCAAGAAGAAAGCAAACGACUGUCCAUAAUGGUUGGCCUCACUUCGGUAGGUAUGCCCAUGUCCCUUCAUCGAGCUCCUGAGCCAGUCAUGUAUGAUCGUAUUCACAUGGGAGAUUUAUGGGAUUUCAACCCUGCGUGCAAUUUGACAAUUGCGGCCGGGAACCUGCGACACCAAGACCAGAAUCCGUUUGCCACAAUGCUGGCCAUGUGUCGACUCUCGGUCACUAAUUCAGACGCAGGACUGCAAGAGGAGAUUUGUGGAGAGGGAUACCAAACCUUUGAGCCAUCGUCUACCAUUCUUGACGAUUAUGCCCCCCCAAUCAAAAUAGAACAAGGCUGUGAAACAGAGACCGUCAUCCGACGGCGAAUCGGUCUUUUGAUGUGGCGCAACUGGGACAAGUUUUCGGAGCGGUUUAUGCACGAUGCGAAGCUUUUUGCAUUCCAUCUCUCAACCGACAGUGAAACCGACAAGGAGACGAGCGUUUUCAAAACGGGAUUCCUUGGCAUGGAAUACAAGGACAAGAACACGAUAACCCGAAGGUGGCCUAACCGUCUGGUACACAGCAAAAGCGACGAGCCUAGCCUUCGGGACUUUGAGCGGCAUGUCGGUUGGUUUGACACGAUGCCGCAGAGAUGGCUAGAGUGGAAACGCGUUGCCGACGCCGACGACAAUGAGUGGGAGAUGGCGAGAGAGUGUGUUUUGGAAAGUUCAUGGCGCGAAAUGGCUGAGAUACAAGCGAAAAUAAUUGAAGAAGAAGCAAAGUCAGUGGAUGAACAAGAAGACUUGGAGCAGCGAAUCAGAGAACUACUGGCGGAGGAUGCUGCUGAUCGGGAGAAGUCUGAAAAGUCGGCGGCGGCGAAAACGAAGGCAAAGGCAUCAAAGCGGAAGAAGGGUAAGAAGAAGUGA